AUGGUCGUCGACUUCUUUGCCCCGUGGUGCAAGGCCUGCCCCAAGGCGGCGCAGAAAAUGGAUGAGUUAGCCGAAAAGCACAGCGGCCGGUGCCAAUUUGUACUGGUCUGCGUCGACGGCUCCAUCGAGGAGGCCCGCGACUUUGCAUCGACCCACGGCAUCCAGCGAUGCAUCAUCACGGCUGUCGUGGACGAGGAUGCGCCGCAAAGCUACGGCGUUUCGGGGCUGCCCCACACUACGGUGAUUGCGCCGAGUGGCAAGGUCGCAAAGAAUGGAAACCACACCGAAGUGACGCUGCCGGAUGACUUGGAUGCCGUCUUGGCCACCGAGGAUGCCAUCCUCCCGGCCCCGCGCCAGAGCCGCGUUUCGGAGGAGUAUCGGAGGUUAGAGAAGGAGGAUCCGCUCUUGAAGGAGAACCCCAAGCGCUGGGUGAUGUUCCCUCUGCAGCAUCCGGAAGUUUGGGAGAUGUACAAGAAGCACGAAGCAUCCUUCUGGACUGCGGAGGAGAUCGAUUUGGCUCAGGACAGCAAGGAUUGGGUGAACCUGAAUGAGGGCGAGCAGCACUUCAUCAAGCACGUUCUUGCCUUUUUCGCUGCCUCGGAUGGUAUCGUCCUGGAGAACCUGGCGUCGCAGUUCUCGUCGGAGAUUCAAAUUCCGGAGGCCCGUGCCUUCUAUGGCUUCCAGAUCGCAAUGGAGAACAUCCACUCUGAGACCUACUCCCUUCUGAUUGAGCAAUACAUCAAGGACCCAAGCGAACGGGAGAACCUGUUCGAUGCCAUCCACACCAUGCCACCGGUGCGCGAGAAG